CUGGCGACUCUCCUCUAGCGCCAGGUCAAGUUAGCGUUAUUGGCUGCCAUUCAAAGCGUGUUACCGUCCCGCUCCACUUUAGCUGUCUCUCGUCGGCUUGCUUUUCUCCUUGCCCAGCUGAUUUCCUCUCUCUGCAUAUUCCCUUUUGCCUUUAUUUCCGCAUCUGCCAGCGCGUGUUGAGUUUAUUAUUGCACGGUUUUGGCUAUUGCCCGUGGUUUUUUGCCUUGACGCAUCUGCUUAGCGAGCAUACAUCCGUUCACUAUAUCGCCGUGAGGCCCUGCUUGUUGCCCGCGCUUGGCGGCAGGCGUCCCAUGCAAUUCGCACGAAACGACGAUAGCUUAGUUCAUCAACAUUCGCAUUCCAACAUCCCACGCCACGGCCUCUGCUCCUCGGCCUGCCGAAAUCGGUCUCUUACCACAUAAUGAGACUCCCAUUUAGGAAAAAGGAGAAGAAGGGCGACGGCCCAAACGAGAUUCCCGUUGAAUUUCGCCCUGAAGGCUAUGGCGUCCUUCCCCUCUUCCCCCCGACCCCUCAGAGCGCAUGGCUCGCUUCUCGCCUCCCUCCAUCUGUCCUCGAGCGUAUAUUUGCGGCCUUGUGUCCCCAUGCACGAGACGAUACCUAUGAGCCUUGCGAAGAAAGCGGUAACGACAAGGGAUGCACACUUUGCGACUUGCGCAACCUUGCACAUUGCGUCGCGGUUUCCCGCACGUGGCGGGUAAGCGCCGUUAAGGUUUUAUACCAUAGCGUUAGAAUUGACCCAGUCCACUAUUGCAAACUAGAGGCAUGGCUUGCCGAGCGCCGCAAAAAGGGCCGUUUCGAGAAGAAUGCCAUCCCCGAGGACCCCGCCCAAGCUCGACUUCGCCUGUUUCGCCGCACAGUCCGCGAUGACCCUACAAGAAUUGGUAAACUUGUUCAGUUUCUCAAGAUACCAUAUAUGCUCCGCGAGUACUGUCACGUGGAAUUGGCUCAGACAAUUGCCGUCUUGCCAAACCUGCACUAUGUUGACCUUCCAGAGGGCAUGUUUGCAGAUGAGCCAUCAUUUGCAACACUCCGCCUGGAAGUACAAGCGCGUUGCCCGAAUAUAAGAAAGACAUCGUAUUUGGCUGGCUCAGAAAGGAGUUUCGCCUCUUUAGCAACUGGCCAAGUAUGGCCCAGGCUUCAAGUAUUAGAGAUCACCCGACUGAAUAUUGAUCCUAUGACGAUGCGGCAAGCACUUGGGUCUCUCGGAAAUUUACGAGCUCUCAAAAUAUCAGAAACAGACAGUUUCUCUGACGAGGUACUUCUUUCAGGCGAAGGACUCCCCGCGCUUCCUCCGCUUGAAGAACUCGUUCUCAAGGAUACCCCCAACGUCACUGCGGCAGGCUUGGUUGAAUAUCUAGCUUGGAUCGAAACGCAGCAGACCUUGAAGGUGCUAACGCUUAAGGAAACGGGUGUACAUCCAGCUCAGCUGCGAGAUGUGCUCAUCAUGGCUACAUCACUCAAGACGUUGGCGCUACAAUGCCGCAUCGCAGAGGCGUUCCCCCAGCAAGUUGGUAUUGAGCCUUUGACAUCACAAUCACUGCGAACACUACGCUUUGAGAUAUCAGGCAAGUCAUCGUCUGCACAGCAAGUCAGCGCUGCCUCCAGCUACUACUCCUACCUCUCCUCCUCAAUUCUCUCUGGCAAUCUUCCCAAGUUGCGCCGCUUGUAUGUACAUGAUGAAUCGUUUCCGGAGAAGCUACAAGUCCUCCCGCCUCCCACUGCUGGAUUUGCCGCCGGUCACGGUCAAUCCAAGUCUCUUUCGUCGCAUCGUGGCGCCCCUGGACUGCGGAUAUCUCCUUCACCCAGUGUUGGUGGCGCGCCACUGUCACCAGGACUGCAAGGUGCCAACUACAGAUCGCCUCACUCACCUCGAUUUAAUUCCCUCUCUCAUAAUCGAUAUAGCUCAAACAACCCAUUCACACCUGCAGCGGCAGGAGGGCCACCGCCACCGAUGCAAACUCUUGAAAUCUUUACAAAAAGUGAUGAGUUUGGCCAGUGGAACUUUGCUCGGGUUGAUGCUGUCAAUAACAUAGCGCCACCAGCUGCCAAUCGGCCUAUUAGCAGCUACGGGCUCGCGACAGAUGUCAAGGGCCAAGGGUGGGACAGAGGCACUGCAAGACGCAGCAUCAUGGUUGGAAAUGGUACUGGUGGUUUUUUGACACUCCCAGGUGCUUCGCCAGGUGAGGUUGCUGUCGCUGGUGACGAGUUCCCGCUGCCAUUGCCUAGCAUCCAUGUUGAUGAUGGCGAUGUGAUGAGACCACGGAGUUACAGUAACAACUCACUACGUGCGGGACGAAGAUGAUGGAGUACGCUGUGCUUCGGCCGGGUUGGUUAAAGUUGGAAGAUUAAUGUGGACGCAAGUAAUGGUAGAUGACGGGACACUAUUUUGAAUGCGAUGUAGGAUAUGCAUCGGAAAUUGAUACAAAUUUGUGCAACAUGUACGAAAGGGUUUUCUUAUCCAAGUGAUUCUGUGAUGGAUGACAGUCUGCCAAUUGUCAACCUGCUUGCAAACCUCUUUGGAUUGAACUGUAAAUGCGGACGCCUAUCCAAUGACCCAACUCCGGCCUAUCAGAUAACAGGUCCCUAAUUGUGUUUAUUGAUCUGCGUUUACAUUUACGCGCUUUGAAUACCAGCUUCUCUGCCCGAAACUCGGGGUCAAAACGGCAAAUUCUCCGAUGAUUGCAGAACCAAACUGUCUUGCUUGUGAAGAGGGUGUCUUACUUGACCGCAAUGCAGAUCGAACGAUGACCAAGUUUUACACUGGGUGUGCGUACAAUAGACACAAAGGGAGGGCAGCGCAGAAGAAUUUUCCCCAUCAGCUACUAAGAGAGGCUGGAAUGCGCAAGACCUUCGCUUUCAGCUGCAUGGACAGAGUGGCUAUGCUGGCAUCACACAAUGCCAUUUGGAAGAUUAGGAUAAAUGGAUAGUUGCGGUUGCUAGCAAAUUAUACUUUCUAGAAAAUUGAGGUGGUCGGUUAACUGAUAGUGAAUAUAAGCUGCAUGAUGCACAGCUUCACAGAGUGGUGUGCGUGUAAGACAGCGAAAAGGGCUUUAUUUAGUGACGAAAAAGAAGACAUGCAGAAAGCUUGUCUUGAGUAUUCAAAGCACUGUGCUGUCAGAUGAUUGCUG